AUGAGCACCUCCUCUGGGGGCCCAGAGGAGAGUCUGGGGGCCCCUGGAAACCUGUGGCCAUCAGAGCCCAUCACCCUGGAGCCUGGAGAAUCUGGCCAGCAGGUGGUCCUGAGGAAGAUCCGGGAGCUCUCUGAAACGGGCCACCAAGACCCCUUCAUGGUGGCCGACCUGGAUGUGCUGGCCAAUCGUUAUCAGGUCUUCCGCCAGACCCUGCCUGGGAUCUGUCCCUUCUAUGCUGUGAAGUGCAAUAGCAGCCCCUGGAUACUGCGGGUCCUGGCCACCCUGGGCUCGGGCUUCGACUGUGCCAGCCAGGGGGAGCUGGAGCAGGUGCUGGGCCUGGGUGUGGCCCCCUCACGCAUCAUCUUCGCCAACCCCUGCAAAGCCACCUCCCACAUCCAGUAUGCAGCCCGCUGUGGGGUGCAGCUCCUGACCUUCGACAGUGAGGAGGAGCUGACCAAGGUGGCCCAGCACCACCCUGGGGCCAGGCUGGUCCUUCGCAUACAGACCCAGGACAGUAAGAGCAUCUUCUCCUUGAGUGCCAAGUUUGGGGCCAGACUGGAGGCAUGUGGACGCCUGCUCACGUCUGCCAAAGAGCUAGGGUUGGCUGUGGUUGGAGCUGCCUUCCAUGUGGGAUCCAACUGCCAGACUCCCCAGAGCUUCAGGCAGGCCAUCGCGGACUGCCGGCGCGUGUUUGAGAUGGGCCGCGGUGCCGGGUACGCCAUGAGCCUCCUGGAUAUCGGAGGGGGCUUCCCGGGCGCAGAGGGCUCUGAGCCCAUGUUUGAGGAGAUGGUGAGAGAGAUCCACGCUGCCCUAGCCCAGGACUUCCCUGAGGGGACUGGCGUAGAGGUCAUCGCAGAGCCUGGCCGCUUCUUCGGAGAGCCUGUCUGCACAGCUGCUGUGAACAUCAUUGCCAAGAAGACUGUGCUGGUGCCCGGAGGCCACCGGAAGCUGAUAUACUACUUCAAUGAGGGCCAUUAUGGCAACUUCCGUAUCUUCCUCAGGGAGCCUGUCUUCAGGACACCCAUCGUGAUAAAGGAGUUCCCCUCAGAGCCUCCCCUCUUCCCCUGCACCCUCUAUGGCCCCACAUGCGAUGCCUUUGACAGACUGUUCUCAGAGGAGGUGCAGCUGCCGGAGCUGGAUGUGGGUGACUGGCUCAUCUUCCCCUCCAUGGGUGCCUACACGUGCUCCAUGAGCUCUACCUUCAAUGGCUUCCAGCCCGCUACGGUCUACUACGCCAUGAGCCCCCAGCUCAGGAGCCUGCUGGAGACAGGACCUUAG